AUGGCGGUUUUCAAAGCCUUUCAUGGCGGAAUACCAACGUUUGACCCAAAAGGUGAGCCCACCAGUAUAGCUCCGAGGGGGAGAAGGUGGAAAAGAGCAUUCGAACUCUUUGUUGUCGGAAAAGGAAUUACCGACAAGACACAAAAACGAGCUUUGAUGUUACAUUGUGCUGGUAUGGAUGUACAGGAUAUUUUUGAUACUUUACCAGAUAAUGGCAAUGCUAAUGAUUAUGAUAAGGCGAUCGAAGCGUUGGAUACAUAUUUCAACCCUGCUGUUAAUGUACCGUAUGAAAGACAUAUGUUUCGCCGAAUGAGUCAAGAAGAAAGUGAGACAAUUGACCAAUUUGUAACAAGGCUGAAACAGAAAGCGUUGAGUUGUGAUUAUGGGGAAUCUAGUGAUGAAUUCAUCCGAGAUCAAGUCAUCGACAAAUGUCGUUCAGUGGCACUACGAAGAAAAUUGCUUGAAAGAGGACAAACUUUAACACUUAAGCAGCUUCAAGAAAUCUCAAGAGCACAUGAAGCUUCAUAUUUUCAAGCUAAUAAAAUUAAUGAUGACGCAGGACAUGAAGUCAAGAAAGAAAAUAUCAAUUGAAUCAAAGGGAAGUUUCAAAGUAAAUUUAAAUCACCCAACAAAUGUUUCAGAUGUGGCAAAACAGACCACUUUGCCAAGUCACCAAAGUGUCCAGCAAAAUCUGCUGAAUGUCAUAAGUGUCAUAAGGAGGGACAUUUUGCAAGUGUGUGUAGAACUAAAGUCAGUAAUGAGAGGGACAAUAAAAAGAAAAUAAACUAUACAAGAGAAGAUCAGGAAUCCAAAGAGGGUGACAAUGAAUAUGCUUUUGUUGUUAAUCAUCAGUCGGAUGAAAACAGUGGUUUAGUCGAUAUCAAAGUUGGAGGAGUGUUGUGCAAUUUUCUUAUUGACUCUGGUUCAACGUGUAAUGUAAUCGAUAAAUCCUGUUGGGAGAAACUUAAAGCCAAGCAAAUAAAAUGUAAGUCGGAGAAAACAGCAACACAGAUUUAUUCAUAUGGAUCAAGUAAGCCACUUAUUGUUGCUGGGAAAUUUACAGCCGAUGUUGUAUGUCAAGGCAAAGAAGUAAAAGAAGCAGAAUUCAUAGUGAUUGAAGGCACCGGUAAGCCAUUACUGGGAAAGAAAACUGCUAUUCAAUUGAAUGUCUUGAAGAUUGGUCCACAACCUGUGAUAUCGGAAGGUGUCAACUCA